AUGGCUUCUUCGACUAUUAUUCCUGUUGUUUAUACUCAACAUUCAUCAAAUAAAAAUCAUAUAAGAUCCCCAUCACAUAAUUAUUCAAUUCAAGAUCAUGGUAAAGGAUGUCGAACAUAUUCAUAUGAAUUUGAUUUACUUGAUUAUGAACCAGAACAAAUCACUGUUAUACUUGAUGACUAUGGUACAUUACGCAUACGUGCACAUCGUCCUCCAUGUCGUGAAUUUAAACGUGAAUAUAAUCUUGGUGGGCCCGAUGUUGAAACAACAAUUGUAAGAAAUACAAUUGAUAAUCGUGGACUUCUUCGUGUUGAUAUUGAAGUUCGACCACGACGUCAUGAUUUACAAACAAAUAAUAAUGAUGUUCUUACAUUUGAUUUACAAGGUUAUAAACCUGAACAUGUUACUGUUCGAAUAAAUCGAAAUGGUUUACUUAAAAUCAAUGGUCAACAUAUUGAUAAUACAUAUGGUAAUCAUAUUAAUCGUGAAUAUUAUCGACAAUAUCAAUUACCCUCGAAUAUUGAUCCUGAUCAAGUACAUGCUCGUAUGGAUGCAAAUCAAAUAUUAACGAUUCAAUUACCAUCACCAUCACACUCAAAAAAUUAUACACAACGUGAAUAUUGGGUACCUGUUCGUGAACGAAAUUAUCCGCCAUAUUAUGGUGCUGGACCUAAUGGUGCUUAUUGUUGUUGCAAUAUUAUGUAA